GUCCAUAAUCACAAUGCGUUUCUUAUUCUGUCUCCUCCCCCUGCUCUCGCUCUUCCACCCAGUUCUUGGGGAGGAUCGGAAGCCUCCCUUUCUUCCUGUCCUUCCUGAAUACCCAAGUAAGGAUGACUUCUAUAAACCUGACGAUGACUUCUGGAAAAGCGAUGAUUACCCCCCUGGAACUAUCCUAAAAUCCCGCAAUGUGCUCUUUGCCUCAAUGUUCCCCAAUGUCCCCAGCCAGGCCAAGGCAUAUCAAUUGCUGUACGUCACGCAGGAUGUACAUGGUGAAAAAGCCACCACCGUCACCACGAUCGUUGUCCCUCAAAAACCAGAUUUCAACCGCCUCCUCUCUUUCCAGAACGCAUAUGAUUCCCCUGAUAUUGAUUGUUCUCCGUCAUACGGAUUUCAAAACCAAGCCAAGGGUUCUGCUGUGACCUGGAACUGGGCUCAGAUGUUUGUUAUUGCGGAUUUCCUGAUCGAAGGCCCUAUCCUCAAUAUCCCAGACUAUGAGGGCUCGGAUGCGGCCUUCACUGUCGGCCCACAGGCUGCCUACCAGACCCUGGACUCAAUCCGUGCCGCAUUUAAUGCCACAGAUCUCACUGGCCUCAGCGAAGACGCCAACGUAAUUCUGUUCGGUUACUCCGGUGGUGGUCUCGCCACUGAAUGGGCAACCGAGUACCAUGCCCACUACGCACCGGAGCUGAACGUUGUUGGAGCUGCCAUGGGUGGUCUUCCUACCCAUAUUGCCAAGACCUAUCAGGGCGUUAAUAAUGGCACAUUCUCUGAGCUCGACGUGUUGGCUACCUUGGGCUUGAUGAAUGCUUUUCCCCAGGUGGAGGACUAUGUCAAUGAGCAUCUCCUGCCUGAGUAUAGAGACGUCUUUUUCUACCCCCGCGUACGCUGCGGUCCACACGAGGGCAUCGAGGAACAACCAGCAUUAAGCAAGUACAAUAUUACAACCCUAUUCGACAAUGGAGACGGUAUCCUGGAACACUUCGAAAAACUCUUAGAAAAAGUUGGCGUGAUGGGCCAGCAUGUCGACAAAGACCACCACCCGAGUUUCCCGCUGUACAUCUGGCAGGGCACAAACGAUCCCGUUGUGAACCCAUUCAAAGAUGCGUGGGCUCUGGUCAAAACGUUCAGAAGGGCAGGUACCCGCGUCAAAUUCGUUCCGCGGUGGGGUCUAGGUCAUAUUCCUGCCUUGAUUCGGGGGUUGGGACCGGCCUGGAAGUGGAUUGGCGAGACAUUCGAUAAGGCUGAGAAACAGGCUCUGUUCGAUACCAUCCUGGAAGACCAUGAUGAGGAUUUUCUCAUGGAUGACACUGAGGAAGACUCAAUCGAAUGGUCUAAUUUUGGGGCCCAGAGGAUCCUGAGUGAUGGCGAGGCUGCACGGGAGCAUGGCUAUGAGUUGUAAUUUCCUACAGAUGGGAGUCUUUGCUUUGCUUGAGAAACAGCAUAGUUUGAACGUAGCUACUGAAUUAUAUGAAUACAUGAAAGUGUCUUCGUAGGUACAUUCUUUACGAGUCUCAGUUGAAUGAAUCAAGAUUACAACCCCCGUUUUAUUUCAAAAAAAAUCUAUCCUGGAGGCACCUAGAGUCCGUAAAAUUCACUGUAUUAAUCUAGGUAUAUAUCCAUAUCACAUCAAGUCAACAAAGAAUCCUGAAACAAAACAUCUAAUUCACUUCCGCAUUUGCGCUUGAGAC